CUGGAUUCAAACCCCACUCUUAUUGAUCUCCGUUCAGAUGAUGACCCCCUUGAAGGCAUCAACAACAGGCUGGAGGAGGUCCAGUCUAUGGUCAAGCCAAAAGCGGAACUGUCUGGAUUUAUCGAAGAUAUGGAUCCCGAGCAGAGAGAGCGCAUUUAUAGAAUUACCAACAUGGAUUUUCAUACCGUGAGCAAAGAACGCAGGAAAAACUGGAAGAAAUCAGAUUUCAUCAAGCAUGCUUUCCGAAUGGUUCGCAUGAUGACCCUUGCGACUAGUCGAAGCAAAAGACCAUGCGGAAACAAAGACAAAUCUACAAAAAGGGCAAAGUCCAGCAAGUCAAAGCCAGUAUCAGCUUUGAAUUGCAAGAGGUAUUGGAAACAAAUCCAGUCUACAGAACACAAGACCAUAUCAAGAGGGUGACAUGGUUGCUGAAAACAACGAAAGCUUUCAAACACCUUUUUCCCACUGAGAUGAUUGAGGAGGUGGCCAAAGUGGUGGCAUAUGACAGGUAUGAUGACAACCGCCAUAUUGCAUACCAAGGGAGACCACCGGAAAUGUUCUAUUACGUGCUUGCUGGUAGAAUCCACAAAUUGCGGGAGUACAAGCUCACCUCUGGCUGUGUCAACAAGCCAAUGGGCUUCAUGCAUAAGGGAUCUACCUCAGACCCAGAGGAAAUGGAACAUCAGUGGAACCGUGAGUGCCAUCUAGUGUCCAAAGGCCCAGUGGAGGUGCUGGUCUUGUCAAGAGAGGACUUUACAAGGCUUCAACAUACAACACAAGGGCCACCAAUAGACUUUUUAUAUUCUAUAGAUCUGUUCAAGGAGUUUCCAUGUGAAAUGUUCAUUGACAACGAAGAUGCCAUUAUUUACAAGUAUUAUGGGCAAAACAGGGUGAUCACCCCUAAUGUCAACCGGACAGCCUGGCUUCAUGUGGUAAAAUCUGGUCAUGUCAAAGUGGUGAGGCGACAGACGGUGGUUGACGUACGGGGAGACACGAAGUUCCAAAGCAAGAACUCCGAGGACUUGGGUUGUGGGCGCUCCUUCAGCCAUGCGAAAGCUAUGCUGGGGAACUUGAUUAGUCAACGGAAGAUGAAGAACCUGACGGACAUUUCUUUACCUGAUCUGAUGAAAAGGCGGAGUACAACUCUACUGGAGGCAGGCAUGAGAGGCGGCAGAAGCAAGAAGAAGCCAGUUUUAAAACUGACCACACCCAUCAUUCGAGAAAUCCCCGCCCCCAAGACAGAGGUCACGGGAGAAAUGGGUGACGUCAAUGGGGAAACUUUGAAGAAUCCUCAAAAAGAUUUCUCCCUGCCUCCCAUCAUUGUUGGAAAUGGAGAACCUGGCACCUCGUCCACGGUGCAAAACGGUGCCACAUCCCCCCGAAGUAACGGAGUGACAUCACCGCGAGCUGUGAAUCGUUUGGCUCUUUCUCUCCCUAAUGGUGUCAUCGUUGACCCCAGCAAGACUGGAGGAAUUCAGCCACAUGGAACUUUCCUGACACGGGAAAAGACAGCAGCGGAAAUUGAGGCCAUGUUUCUUCAGAAACCCAAAAAGGAAGUGCCACUGCGGAAAACAUGUGUACAGCUGGAUCUUCUGAAACCUGGGGACGUCUUUCACACUGGGAUAACCGCUAAGGAUUUGGGCUUGGAAACACUUGAGCUGCCUACCAUACAAAAGAUAGAGGGUCCUCCUUUGUGCUUGGUCAGUGAUGGUGCUGAGGUCAUCAAAAUCUCCAAACGAUUUUUUCUUCAGCAUGCUCAGAACAACACAAUGCUCCGGGUGGAAACUAUGCAACGAUCGUACCUAUCAACUGAUGAAGCCAAGGACAUUCUCUUUGACAAGGAGACAUGGGGCCAGUACAAGGAGGCCCUGAUGAAGAGACUUAUUGCUGGACUUCCCAGAUAGAAAGCAAACUUAUUAUUAGUAUUAUUAUUCUUCUUCUUCUUAUUAUUAUUAUAAUAAAUAGAGUGGAGUGGCCCAAUCUUCCCUUUUGUGGUAUACUUGGGGAUUUGAUUUUCAGAUUAGUUUUCCUUUCUGCGUAACUGGCUUUUAUUUUCCAGAUCAAACCUAGUCAAUACCUGGCUAGCGACGCAACUUAAGCUCACUCUAUACAGUUUGAGUAUCUAAAUGAUUGUGAGGUGUAUGUUUAACAGGUUGCAGCUGUUAUCAUGCUGCACUGAGAUCAAUGACUAUUAACAUCAGUGGAAUGUCUAGUCUACCAAACACAAUCCAUAGUUACUAGUACAGUUUUUAAAACUAUUUUUUAAGUGAAUUCAUGGCGAAACUAAAUCAGAAUGGGGAGUUGGUGGUCUUGUGGUUAGGAUAUUGGGCUCCCGACUGAAAGGUCAUGAAUCCUGUUAGGGGCCAAAGGUUGUGUGCUUUGAAAAGACACUGGACACGAAUGUUCCUCACUUUUUCCAGGUGGGAAUGGGUACCUGACUAUUCAUAGACAGCAAAAGAUCUUGUCAGUUCGUUAGUGUCUGAGAGCUUAUUCGGCUAUAUGCACUGUGUGCAUUCCGGUAAGCUGAGAACUUUAUUGAGUGUUUAGAGAUUUGCUGGGAUGAUGAUACAGAUCACAGAGUGCAUAGGUUUUGCUGUUGAGUGAGAAUAUGCGCUAUACAGAUGCUAUUUAUUUUUCAUUUUUUUAGGGAAAUACCUGUCACUGAGAAAAUAAUCCUUUAGACUUUCACGUGUGUUACUAUGGGUCCAUAUACUUUGUUCCAAUCCGUGAAUUGCCGGCGUCUGUGUUGUAUUGAUAAGAUUUGUAGCCGUAGCAGGUAAAAGAUAAGAGUUCGAUUCUUUCGUAGGGAAGUAAAAUUUUAAAGUAUUGAUUUUAAGUGUGUACGUCUGCUGAGAUUCUGUGACUCACACUGCCCAAAUUGGAUGACCCUAACGAUAGGCAAGGAUAUGCAGCAGUUCAGAUAUAUGUGUCUCGACACACUGGAAUGAGGUGAUUGUCAUUUUGGGGACAGAUUAUAGAGUGUGUGCAUAAUGUUAAAGCGUGUUCAUGUGCCUUGCUUUUAAUGAAAAAAACCACCUCAGUUUGUCUAUCUUGAGUAGAAGUCGAGAUAUGUGUACGUAAUUGAAGAAGGUAGGGAACUCCUGGUGUCAGAGGUAAAAUUAGUAAGAAAAGAGUUGCCGGAGUGCUUAUUCGAUGUAGGUGUUUUAUGCACCAAUAGGACACAAUUUAGAUCAUUUGACAGGAAGUGGGCUUCGACCCUGCUCGUUAGGGAUAACCCUGCCUGAUAAAGGGAAACAACGUCACGAAAGAAAGACCUAGAUGCUUAAUAAUUUUUUUUCACACAGGGAUUGUGAACUCAGUUCUUCUGCAUGCGGUGACAAAGCACUCAACUCCUACACCACAGACUCUGGUGAAAAAAACUCAGCAUUACGUAUAUUAUUUUUGUAUUUAUUGAUAGCGGUACUGUGAUAUGAUGUCUACAUGACCUUGGUGUCGUAAGUUGGGUGUUUUUUGUGAUGUUCCCAUUGAUAUUCAAUAAUAUGCUUAUUAUGUAAAGUAUGGUUGUCAAGGUAUUUAAAUGAAAAAGAGAGUGGGAGAGAUGUAGGAAGUGAGAUAUCGAGAGAAAGGUUCAGUUAGAUAGAUAGA